UUUAGAAUUAUACAAUUUUCUAUUUUAUUUUUGCGGCACACUGAAACAUAUUGCGUCUAUUUAUAACUUGGGCAUAAUAAAUUUAAAUCUUGAUUUCCGAGUUCAUUCAGGCACAGUCUGUUAUUCAUCAGAGUUAAUUGAAACGUUUCCGAGACUGAAAUUAAAAUUCUGGCAUUGCGUCACGUUUUAAGCGUGGAUGUAAAUUUAGGUAGAAAUAUUCAAGUACUUCGCAUUUUCCGGUCUGUACGCGGUAAUUAAAAGAUGUAUGCGAAAGGGGAAAUUGAAACUGACACUAGUAGUGAUUCAAGUGAUUCUAGUAGUGAUUUAGAGGAAACCGAUAAUGUAAAUCGACAAAAAAGGGACGUGAAAUGGUGUGGGGUUAGUGAUGAACAACCGCCACCGAAAGCUCACUGGCCUCCAGCUUCAUCGAGUCGAUCUCAUUAUGUACAUAUACCAUCUAGACCACGAUGGACCCAAUGGAAAAUGCAGCUUUAUUCCAAGACCGAGUAUCAUCUAGCUGUUUAUCCGGACGGAAGAGUUUUUGGAACGAAAGAUGAUACGGAUUUGCACACUUUUUUGGAAUUGAUGCCUGGAGGUGGCACGUCUUUGGUCAAAAUAAAAGGCUUGUUAUCAAAUAUGUACGUGGGGAUGAAUCAUAAAGGAAAAUUAUAUGCCGAGCCAGAUCCUUUAAGUGAUAAUAUAAUAUUCAUAGAGGAUUUUCAAGGGCUCUAUACAACGUAUAAAUCAAAGAAGUUUGAAAAAAGAGGUUGGUAUAUUGGGAUCAAGAAAAAUGGAAAGUUCAAAAGGGGGAGAAAAACUAAUGCGGGCCAAAAAGCUGUCAAGUUCAUACCUAGAAGGAAACGAUUUGAAUAAAAAUUUAUACAAAUGCCACGUUAAGAAAAUAUAUCUAAAGUAUAACGAUACUUUAGCAAUAUAUUUUUUUAUUAUUUAAGUUAUUAAUUAACUUAAAUAAUUCUAGUCAAUUAUAGUACGAAUAUAAUUAUAGUGGUUUUAUGUUUGUUAACUUCAGAAGUAUGUAACUUAACAAUAAUAGUUUUAAACGACAAUAAAAAUAAAUAUUGGACUCAUUCCUUUUACCACUACUUGCAGUAUUCACUCAUUUUAUAUUAUGUACAAACUAAUGCAGCUAAUUUAUGUUAAUUUUGAAUAAAAUGUUUUAUAUGA